AUGCGGGGGUUCAGCGUUUUGCUCGUAUUCCUGCCAAUAAUUAUUGUGAAUGGCUACAAGAUCCUACUGUAUUCGCCAAACUACAGUAGGAGUCAUAUCAACUUCAUUGGGCAAUUGGCCAAUCUUUAUAUUGAAGCCGGCCAUGAAGCGGUGAGUCAGCGUUCAUUUUACCACAAUUUAGAGGAAUUUCAAGCAAUUUGGAGAUGUUUUAAGCCCCUAAAUUAUCAGUUAUGACCUGUUUUAGGUGAUAAUUCGACCAGAGCUGACCAAUAAUGACCCUGAAGUGCUGAUAAAUGGCUCCAAAGCUCGUGUUGUCUGGAGCAGAAAGAGAUUCGAGUCCACACUUCAGUCGCAGACCAUGAAAGCCAAGGCAUGGGAGAGCCAAAGCGGCGGAAUUCUCAGCCAUAUGCUACAAAUGGCGACGGUAAGUGAGGAAAAUCCGAAAACGCCCGAGGCGGUCAGCUCGGAUUUUUUUUUCAAAUGUUGCGUACAUGAUAUACCAAUUACACAUAAUGAUUUGUAAAGAUUGCGUUACAAAAUUAUUCUCCUUAGGGUAGAAAACCAGUCUGUCGGGAAAAUAAUGAGCACUCUGUCGCUUCCAAAACUGCCGGCAAAAAUACAGCCUAGAGGUGUUUUCUUCUCUGACUGCUCUCCUCGUUUCGCGUUGUCUCUAGUAUUAUUCUGUCGGAAAAAUAAUGAGCACUCUGUCGCAACGAAAAUCGUAUCGCCGCCGAGGAAACGAAUUGUGUCGCGACAAAAUCAAAUUGGUCUUCACUGCAGCGACACGAACGAAAUUGCGCUCACUAUUUUACCGACAGACUGGUAGUUUAGUCACAAGUCUCCUCGCUAAACUCCCACUUCAUUUUUUCAGAUGAUCGCACAAACCUCUGACGCCAUCGGCAAAAUGUGCCAACGUAAGUCCCACAGCUUCACAAUACGCUCAUUUUUAGAGCUACUUUCCGACGAAGACCUUAUUGAUCAGUUGAGAAAGGAAAAGUUUGACAUUGGCCUCCUCCAAGUCAUGGACCUCUGUGGCAAUGGGCUUUUCGAACGGAUCGGAGUGCGAAAAUUCAUCCUCGCCGCCGCCAUGCCAUUGCCGAUUGACGCAGCGGCGAUUCUGGGGAUUCCGCAUUCCUUGAGCUUUGUGCCGGGUAGGUCCAGAAGUUUUUUUGUAGGCACGCUUUCAUAAAGAUUUUUUAUAAUGGUAAACAAACUUUUUGAAUGACAUAGCCUGCCGGGAAAAUAAUGUGGAAUCGUCUCACCUGGGAACCGCCCAGAACCCUUAUGCUACCGAUAGCAGGGGUUUGGUUUAUGACUGCGACGGUGCCUCGAGACAUGUGUUUGCGCUAAAACUACAUUAUUUUUCCGACAGGCUGUUGUAGUGCAUAACCUCAAAAAAUUGUUUUUUGCCUCUUUCACGACAAAGAAAACGCGGAAAAUCUGCUUUUUCCCCACUGACCACACAUGGCUUCGGUGGUUCAAAAAAUCGUAUUUUACAUAAACCACACAUAAUAUUGUGAGAUCUGUUUCCAGACAUGUUCCCACUCUCCAAUGAACACAGUAGCUUUGUGCGACGUGCCGCGAACAUUGCCAGCUUCUUGUUCAGCAAGCAUUUUACGUUGAGUAGUCUACGUAGAGCGCAAAUCGACGCAAUCCGAAGGUAUUACCCCGAUUUUACGAUUGAGGUAACGUUUAGCCAGUUAAACGUUUCGUUGAGACAAAUUUUUUUAUUGUCCAUCACUUUUUCAGAGUGCCUUUGGCGAUGCGUCGUUGGUCUUUGCCAACAGCGACGAGCAUGUGGAAUACCCUCGGCCAAUCUCGCAUAAAAUUGUUUAUAUCGGGGGAUUCGCCUUGAGCCGGCCCAAACCCCUGGUUGAGGUGAGUUGAUACUUCAUCCUUGAACACCAUUAUUCUUAUUUUAGUCUGUCGGGAAAAUAAUGUGCACUCUGUCGCAUCGAAAAUCGCAGCGACUCUGAGAAAAUGAAUUGCUUCGCGAAAAAAUCGAAUCGCUUUCCAUUCAGCGACGUGAUCGGCGCAACGACGGUGUGCCCAUUAUUUUCCCGACAGACUGACAAUGCGCGCAGGUCCUGAGAAUUUAACACUCCUCGUAUUUUGUCGCUUUCUGAAAAAAAUAGUUUAUCGUUGCGAAAAAUGACAAUCGCGCAACGCAGGGCAAAAAAAGGACUGGUUUCGUUGCGCUUCAAAAUGCUUACAUACCUAGCAGUUACUUUGAAAAUUUGACUAACGUUCUUCAAAUUAGUUCUAGCAGUCUGUCGGGAAAAUAAUGAGCACUCUGUCUCGCUGCCAAGAAAAUGAAUUGUGUAGCGGCGAAGUAAAAUUGAUUUUACAUUUUCCCAACGGCGAUGCGAUUUUCGAUGCGAAAAAAUGCUCAUUAUUUCCCCGACAGACAUGAAAACACUAAUACAUAGUAAUCCUCGUAUUUCAGCCGUACAAAUCGCUGUUAGAUAAAGCCAAGAACGGAGUUAUCCUUGUUUCGUUUGGAAGUAUCGCGCAUAGCGCGUCCAUGCCGAAAGCGACGAAAACCGCUUUCCUCGAGGCCUUUAGGACAUUUCCUAAUGUUAAGUUCAUCUGGAAAUAUGAAGAGCCGGAAGACGAGGAGGUAAAAGGACUGGACAAUGUUUCGUUGGCCAAAUGGAUACCUCAGACGGAUGUGAUGAGUAAGUGAAGUUAUCCAGUCUACACUUUGCACAACAAAUGAAAUAGGUCCAUGGAAUUUACUGGCUAUAUUUCUGAUUCAUUAUGCAAAAUAUCUGAAGGCUUUUCGGAUAUUUCUGUGUCGCAAUAAAACGCUAAAAAUUCGUGUGAUGACCAGAAAAGCGCCUAAAAAUCUCCGCCGAAUACACUGCUUUCUGCGUUGGCGGAGAAAGCAUAUUUUUAGGCAAAAAAAACCGCUCAUCGUCUUAUUUAUCCUGCAAAAAGAAUUUUUUGGAUAUCUUGACUGAGCGCAAAGACAUCGACAAAAAAUUUCCGCGGAAUUCCUUGAAACACCCUCAUUUUUCCGCAACAAAUUCAUAUUAUUUUCCCGACAGACUAAUUUGUAUUUAGAUGUGGCUUCAUUUACUUUUUCAGACCACAAAAACGCCAUCGGCUUCAUCACGCACGGCGGGAUGAACAGUGUCUCCGAGGCGUCCCAUUUUGGCAUCCCGAUGGUCUGCAUUCCUCUGUUUGCGGAUCAAUCGCGCAACUGCAAGAUGAUUCAGGACCGCGGCAUCGGCUUGGUCGCUUCAAAGGCCAAUUUGACGUCCGAAACUUUGAUCUCCGUGUUCUCGGAGUUGAUCAACAACAAGAAACUCUACAACAAAGCCAAGGAAUUGGCAGCGAUGAUCAAAGGAAAGCCGAUGCAACCGGCGGAAAGGGUGCUGAAAUAUACGGAAUAUGCCGUAAAAUACGACAUUUCGAAGGCAUUGGAGCUUGAAGGAAGGCAUCUGAGUUUCGUCGAGUUCUACAAUAUUGAUGUGUAUGCGGCUGCGGUUUUGAGCAGCCUAUUGAGUGUUUAUCUGGUUUGUAGAGCAGUUCGAUGUUGUGUGUGUAGGAAAAGAGCGGUUAAGGAUAAAAAGGAAUAAAUGGGUCAACUUAAUGUUAAUAUUUUAUUACUGGAAGCUUGCAGAAGCAAUUAGAACUUUUAGUUCACAUUUACAUAUAUGCGAUAUUCAAUUUCAAUUCAAAUUUAUCUCAUUUUCACUCAACAAUUUGGCGAUGAAAACCCCAAACUUAAGUCACUCUAGCGACUUUGCGACGGGGCUAGUGUCGCUAACGGCAACUUGAAAGUUUGCGUUAUUGAUAUGUGGCUUUGUGCAGGCAAAAUUAAAGAUAAUCCUAAGCCUCUUACGAUAACCAUUUUUGUUUGGAGAGGCAUUGUAGGAGUCGUAAAUAAUCAUCUUUUCCUUUUUUAUCAUUUUUUAAUUUUUUGACUACGGUAGACCCUCUGUACAACGAAAUCUCGCUCAACGAAGCCUUUCUAUCAGUCUGUCGGGAAAAUAAUGAGCGCAUUGUCGCUGCCCCGAUCAUGUCGCUGAAGCGAAAAGAAAUUUGAUUUUGCAGCGACACAAUUCAUUUUCUCGGGGGCGAAGCGAUUUUCAAUGCGACAGAUGCUCGUUAUUUCACCGACAGGGCGAUUUGAAGGUACAAGCAGUAACAUUCUUAUUUAGCGAUACAAAUCGCUGUUAGGCAAGGCCAACAACGGAGCUAUCCUUGUGUCGUAAACACAAAGUUCAAAAUUCAAAAUUAAUGUGCUAUGCGUCUAAAAAUGUGCCCCGCAAACCAUACGUGUACACAGAUAAAACCCGGAACACGCGGUGCACAGACGAAAAAAGAUCAUUCACAAAGCGUGGUCCGAAAAUUAUCAGCAAAACUUUUAUCAACACCGCUGAUUGCGAAGAUUCUUCCUUUUUGGAGGAGAAGGAUGAAAUUUCUCAAAAUUAUAGCUGCUCUUUUACUAAUAGCGGCCAGUAAUGGCUUCAAAAUUCUGCUUUACUCGCCCAACUACAGUAGAAGUCACAUAAAUUUCAUUGGCAAAUUGGCGGAUAUUUACCAUGACGCCGGGCAUGAGGUGGUAAGUCGCUUUUUAACGAUUUUUCGACCUUUUUUUGAUUGCUUCUGGUAAUAGGAAAAAAUUAAAAUAAGGUUUAGGCCGUUUUCCGCCCACACCUUUUCGAUAACGACCCGGAUUUCUUGUUGAACGGGACAAAAGCCCGAGUUAUUGCGGUGAAGAAGAAGUUCGAAACUCCGUUGUCGCCGGAGAUGAUGAGAUCGAACUCCUGGACGAUGGGAAAUGAUGGAAUCGUGCAAACAAUAGCUCAGGGAUACAAGGUUGGACUUACUAUAAAUUUUCCACAACAACAAACCUCUGUACAACGAGCCCUGUUUAUUCAUCUGUUGGGAAAUUAAUGUGGAUUUGUCGAAAAACAAUUUAAUUUUUUCCGUCACAGUUCAUUUUGUUGGCGGCGAUUCUACUUGCGAUGCGACAGAGAGCUCAUUAUUUUUCCGGCAGACCGCUAAGACUAUUUUUAUAGUCUUUUGCGCUUUGUUGGCUUUGUUGUUCAGAGGUUUUGCUGCAUGUACUUGAAAAAAAAAAUACGAAUUUUUCAGAUGAUGAAACUCUUUGGCGAUGGAAACACAAAACUUUGUCGACGUAAGGCUUCCCUUUCAAAAUGCAUCUAGCCUUGGUUUCAGAAAUCCUUGGCGAUGACGAAAUUAUCGAAACUCUAAAGUCGGAAAAAUUUGACAUCGGCCUAAUUCAAAUCUUCGAUAUCUGCGGUGCAGGACUGUUCAAGAAAAUCGGGCUGGAAAAAUACAUUUUGGCCGCGGCGAUGCCAUUGCCUAUUUCUGUGGCCGCUUCACUGGGAGUGCCCUAUUCACUGAGCUUUGUGCCAGGUAAAUAUUAUCUGUCUGUCGGGGAAAUAAUGUGGAUUGACUUGUCGCGUCCCGAGAACGCCCAAUUACCGCUUUGGCUAGCGGCGGUUGGAGAUAAUGCAAUAACUUGCGACAAAUCCACCUCAUUUCCCCGGCAGACUACAUAUUUUGCUUCCGAUACAAUCUUUUUGUUGAGUUAUCUUUGGCCAAUUUAUCGCUGUAUGUUGUCGUAUGUUUUGUUCCUUUGCAGACUACAUUCCGCUGCCCACAAACUACGGAAGCUUUGUCAAACGGACAACAAAUGUCGUGGCAUUUUUGGUUGUAAAACAUAUUAUGUCAAGGGCCUUCCAAGGCUACCAAACAGUCAUCGUUCAAGAGCACUUCCCGGACUUCACUGUGGAUGUAAGUUUCCUUGGCUCGUUGCUUGCUUCUCCAAGGAGCUUAGAUGAAAGUUGCCUGCUGUGUUACUCAAGACAACGGGGAAACAACGUAUUUUACCCAAAAAUUCAUACAAAUUAACUUCCAUGAAAUUUUAAAGACAUAGACCACGUAUGUGUUUACUCCCAAGACCUAAAGCUUUAUCGGCGGAAAGACAGCGAAGCCGAUCUCAGCCGGCAGAAUCCUGGAAAGAAAUUUGUAGCUCUGUGAGCCUCAGCCAGGGGCGUAUUCUCACCUAGCUUAAAAAUGGUUAGCUUUGUCGAAAAAAGAGUCUAGUUUUUUGCCAAGUCCGUCAAGCAGCAGGUCAACAAAGAUUUUUCGAAGACCCUACUGUAACCAGAGGUCAACAUGAAUAGUUCCCUCUCUCUUGCUUUUUUUAUUUAUUAGAUGCGACGCAGCUCUUAUAGCUUCUAUCGGUUGAGAUUUCGAUCCGAUACGGCAACAGGGCGGCUUAUUUUUCUCUGUGUGGGCAAUAAUGCCUUGGAAAACGCCGGCUGGAAGAUAAAACGCCCUAUACUUGUACCAUAAACUAAUAGUAGGUCAUCCUUCGUCGGAAAGCGUUUACAAUUAUAAAACAAUUAAUACUACUCAUGCCGCAACAAAAGAAACUUUUCAGGGCGCCUUCGCCAACGCGUCAUUGGUGUUUGUCAACAGCGAUGAGCAUGUGGAAUUUCCCCGUCCAAUCUCCCAUAAAAUUGUUUAUAUCGGGGGAUUUGCGUUGAGCCAGCCGAAGCCACUGAUUGAGGUCAGUUACCUCUUUUUUAGGUUACAAUCUUUAUACUUUUUCAAGCAAAUCACCUUUUCACUUUAGCCAUACAAAUCAUAUCUGGACGAUUCAAAAGAUGGCGCUGUAUUGGUUUCUUUUGGGAGCAUUGCCCAAAGUUCUUCGAUGCCAGACGAGACAAAGCAAGCGUUUCUGGAUGCCUUCAAAGCCUUUCCAAAUGUGAGGUUCAUUUGGAAGUAUGAGACGCCAGAAGAUGAUAUUGCAAAAGGGCUGGAAAAUGUUUUGGUGGCUAAAUGGGUGCCUCAAACGGACAUAUUGAGUAAGUAAUGUGAUAACAUAGAGUGUGUACCACGAUUUACAUAGGGCUAAAAGUUUCUUCACUAUCAGUCUGUCGGGAAAAUAAUGUGGAUUUGUGGCAGCAGAAUGUCUCGCUUUGUCGCAGUCGCGCACCAAAUCUGCAGUCCUCGCAAAGCGAUAAUGGGCAAUUCUAAGGCACAUCGAAUCCAUAUUAUUUUCCCGACAGACUGACAUGUAUGUAGAUGAGGCUUCAUUUGCAUAAAACCUUUUUUCAGACCACAAAAACCUGAUCGGCUUUGUGACUCAUGGCGGGAUGAACAGUGUCUCCGAGGCCUCGCAUUUUGGCAUCCCGAUGGUCUGCAUCUUCUUGUUUGGGGAUCAGCUGCGGAAUUGUCGUAUGGUCGAGGACCGAGGCCUUGGAAUCUCCGCGCAUAAAGCCGAACUGACUUCCGAAAAUUUGAUCAAAACCUUUUCGGAGUUGAUCAACGACAAGAAGUACUACAAGAAAGCCAAAUCCAUCGCUCGAAUGAUCAAGGGGAAGCCGUUGCAGCCGGUCGACAGGGUCCUACAAUAUACAGAAUAUGCGGCGGAUUAUGAUAUCGCCGAAGUUCUGGAGUUGGAGGGAAGACAUCUGAAUAUUGUUCAGUUCUACAACAUUGAUGUGUACGCGUUUCUAAUUUUUCUUUGUCUCUUGAUUCCCUAUUUGGUCUAUAGGGUUGUUCGGUGUUGUUGUCGCUGUUGUUGCGGAAAGAGGACUGCAGCGAAAUCGAAAAAAGAAUAAACUCACAGGGGAAGUACUUCAAGUGUGACGCUCAGAUUUUCUUUAAAAUUUGCACACACGUCGGGUAUGGACUAAAUAUCAAUUCCUGAAAGUUUUAGCUCGCGCUUUGCGGGCGCCGCCGAGAUAUCGAACGAUUUUUGCCGCCGAGAGAGCACGCUCAACGUGGAGAGCGGUCAGAGAGAAAACCGUUUUUUGGCCAUAACUUUGGCAGUUUCGUGCGGAAAAAUUUGAUUUUUUGUAGAAACAUUAUCCUUUACAGUUGAAAUAGGCAUGAAACUUUUCGUGCCGAAAUUCGGCAAAAAGUCCUAAAAUUUCGCCGACUUUCGAUCUAAAAAUCUCGGUUGUUUCUGCAAAGCGCGAGCUAGGAUUCCCGCAUAUAUCUUAGAAAAAAUUAUUCUAAAUUUGUGCCAAGUUUCAUCAAAAUCUGAGCGUCACACUUCAAGUACUUCCCUUGUCAAUCUUUUUUAUACCGAACAUUGGGAAGAGUAGCGUCGAAUGUAUCCAAAGGCCGGUGAACAUUGGUUUUUUUACAGUUAUUUCUGUUUCUAGAUUAGACAUGGCUGGGGGGCCGGGCCGGGCCGAAAAUCGCGGCCCGGCCCGGGGGCCGGAAGAGGUCGGCCCGGCCUCGGCCCCCUUCAAAUUUUCUCGGCCCGGCCCGGCCCGGCCCCUGGGGGCCGGGCCGGGCCGGAGUCGACAGGGGGCCGAACUGUAA